UUGCUGGCUAAAAGAUCUCUUCCUUCCCCAGAUAACAACCCAUUUGUCUGCCUUGGCCACCCCCUCCCACCCCAGGAACGGCCGCACCAAGAUCUCCCCGGGAUGAAAGUCACAGGGAUAAAACACUAAGCAUCAGGUCGUGGCGCUCCUUCCUCCCGGCCAAACUCACGUUAACGGAGGACGAGGAUGAUGAUGAUGAUGAUGAUGAGGAGCUGAGCCGCGAUGCUUGGCCGGUGAUGCAAGGCUCGAUUUUUCCAGCACGUUUUUCCCUCGGGCUUGAUCCUCUCCCGCUGGUGCAGCCCCAGGUGGUUUGGGUGUGGAGCUCCAUCGGCCUCCCCCCGCUCCGGAUCCGGCCCCGGGAGCCCUCCGGUUGCAGUUACACUUGGAGCAGGGCUUUUUUGGUGUCCCAUCUCUGCCCCCCUUCUCCUCCUCCGCCGACCCCCAGCUCCUCGCCCGGAGGAAGGGUGCGCGUCGCGUGCAUCUCCCAUCCACCGAAAUCUAUGAUCAGCUCGGUGUGUGUCUCCUCCUACCGCGGACGCAAGUCGGGGAACAAACCACCUUCCAAAACAUGCCUGAAGGAAGAGAUGGGCAAAGGGGAAGAGUCGGACAAGAUCACCAUCAACGUAGGUGGUACCCGGCAUGAGACCUACAAGAGCACCCUCCGGACUUUGCCGGGCACCCGCCUGGCCUGGCUCGCUGACCCCGAUGCCCAGAGCAACUUUGACUUUGAUGGGAAAAGCAACGAGUUCUUCUUCGACCGGCACCCCGGGAUCUUCUCCUACGUCCUCAACUACUACCGGACGGGCAAACUGCACUGCCCCGCGGAUAUCUGCGGACCCCUCUUCGAGGAGGAGCUGACCUACUGGGGCAUCGAUGAGACGGACGUGGAGCCCUGUUGUUGGAUGACCUACCGUCAACAUCGCGAUGCCGAAGAGGCCCUGGACAUCUUCGAGAGUCCUGAGCCCGGUGGAGGGGCCGGUGGAGAGGAACCAGAAGAAGAAGGGGGUAGGGAGAUGGCCCUUCAACGCCUGGGCAUGGAUGACAGGCCGCCGGGGGCGGUGGGGGCUGCCGGAGGGGGUGGCUGCUGUCGGAAUUGGCAGCCCAAGAUGUGGGCGCUCUUUGAGGAUCCCUACUCGUCCAAGGCAGCAAGGGUGGUUGCUUUUGCCUCGCUCUUCUUCAUCCUGGUCUCCAUCACAACCUUCUGCCUGGAGACGCACGAGGCUUUCAACAUCAACGUCAACGUGACGGAGACCCUGGUGGUUGGCAACACCACGACGAUCCUGCUGACGCAUAAAGUGGAGACAGAGCCCAUCCUCACCUACAUCGAAGGGGUCUGUGUCUUGUGGUUCACCCUUGAGUUCCUGGUUCGCAUCAUCUGCUGUCCAGAUAAGCUUCUCUUCGUUAAAAACCUGCUCAACAUCAUUGACUUUGUGGCCAUCUUGCCCUUCUACCUGGAGGUAGGUCUCAGUGGCCUGUCCUCCAAAGCUGCCCGGGACGUACUGGGCUUCCUACGGGUGGUCCGUUUCGUCCGGAUCCUCCGAAUCUUCAAGCUGACACGGCACUUUGUGGGUCUCCGGGUGCUGGGCCACACGCUCCGGGCCAGCACCAACGAAUUCCUGCUCCUCAUCAUCUUCCUCGCCUUGGGGGUCUUGAUUUUCGCCACUAUGAUCUACUACGCCGAGCGGAUCGGAGCCAAGACCUCUGACCCUCGUGGGAGCGACCAGACUCACUUUAAGAACAUCCCCAUUGGGUUCUGGUGGGCUGUGGUCACGAUGACGACCCUGGGCUACGGCGACAUGUACCCCAAGACCUGGUCGGGCAUGGUGGUGGGGGCUCUCUGCGCCUUGGCCGGGGUGCUCACCAUCGCCAUGCCCGUGCCCGUCAUUGUCAAUAACUUUGGGAUGUACUAUUCGUUGGCCAUGGCCAAGCAGAAGCUGCCAAAGAAGAAGAAAAAGCAUAUACCCCGUCCGGCCCCGCUGGACUCCCCUACUUACUGCAAAUCUGAGGAAAACUCCCCCCGUAACAGCACCCAGAGCGACACUUGCCCCUUGGCAGUAGAGGAGGGGGUGGCUGAGCGGAAACGGUCAGACUCCAAGCAGAACGGUGAGGCCAAUGUGGUCAUGUCAGAUGAGGAGCAGCCACUGUCCCCGACUGAUGAGGAGAAAAGGCCCAUGAGGCGCUCCAGCACCCGGGAUAAGAACAAGAAAUCCUCCACGUGCUUCCUGCUGGCCACCGGUGACUUCUCCUGUGCAGCAGAUGGAGGCAUCCAGAAAGACACCUGCCAAGACGUCCUCUCUUCCAGUUACCCCCAGGGUGAGGUGGUCACCUUCUCCUGAGCCCCGGCUGGAUGCAGGCAGUGCCCUGGUGAGGGAUGCCUUCCCUGAGGGAUGCUGUCCCCAAGGGAUGCCUUCCCCGAGGGAUGCUCGCCCUGAGGGAUGCCUUCUCCGAGGCGGAGGGACGCGUACCCCAAGGGAUGCUUUCCCCAAGGUGGAGGGAAUUGUACCCCAAGGUAUGCUCUCCCCAAGGGAUGCUUUCCCCGAGGCAGAGGGCUGCUGUCCCUGAGGCUGAGGGAUGCUUUUCCCAAGGGAUGCUUGUACCCCAAGGUAUGCUCUCCCCAAAGGAUGCUUUCCCCGAGGCAGAGGGAUGAUGUCCCUGAGGCUGAGGGAUGCUUUCCCCAAGGGAUGCGUUCCCCAAGGCCAAGGGAUGCUCUCCCCAAGGCUCAGGGACACUCUCCCUGAGGCCAAGGGAUGCUCUUCCUAAGGCUGAGCGAUGCAUUCGUCCAGGGAUGCUCUCCCCAAAGUGUGGGGAGGCUCCCCCCAAGGCCAAGGGAUGCGUUCCCCAAGGGAGAUGCUCCCCAAAGGCCAAGGGAUG